GGUCUACUAUUGCCUCGUUGUGUCGCCUCUCCCCUCCCUAUCCUUUCAUAUAAACUUAACCCAGGUACCAACACUUUGGCAGGGCGUUUAUCCGUGCGUCUUCCUUUGUGCAGGAGCCCCAACUCUCCAGCACCAGCUGUUCACUUCUGGUCAUAUUGCUUUUUCCUAGAUUCAAUAACCAUUUCUGCUUCUUGCCCGUCCAACUGCCUCUUCCCUUUGCCUCUCCUCUCUUCCUCUCUUGUCCUAUCCUAUCCCACUUCCCCUAUCUUCUUCAUCUUUGACGGCUUACGAUUGUACGACACUCAACGGGUUGUUAUCCAACUUUGCUCCACCAUUGGUCCAAUCUUACUUUUUUGACUUGACCAUCCCACCCUAUUAGCACGUCUAAUGGAGGAGUAAUCAUCGGGUUGACUUUGAGCGUUUCACUUCCACAAAGGCCAUGUCACGCUCUCGUCUACCACCAACCCCUGCCAUGUCGGGGGAGUUCAUAGUCAAGGACAAUGCAUCGGUGGACGCUUCAGAUCCAUUCGCAUUGCCUCCAGCUGCCAUUAGUCCAUCCAAGAUGCAAGCUGCUAGCAGAAGGCCAUCCAAGUCGGAUCCAUCCGCUUUCUUUCCAGCGUCUCCAGCAUCGCCGAAUCCUGCACUGGGUAUCAUGGCAAAUUCCCCGCGUCAGACUGGUGUCAAGAGACCUCUCGAAGACUUUAACCUUCCACCACCCCCCACACGCACUCGCAAAAUCAUUCAGAUGAAGCCCAAGACGCAAAGUCCGCCAAAGCCGACCGCAGCAGCCAGCAAAGCAUCCACAAAAGAGAAUGGCAAAACGCCAGCAAAUAAUGGUGCCUCGACCAAUUCCAAGAAGAAACAACCCAGCGCAACUAGUGCAGCGGGCCGAAAGAUUGCUAGGAAGACAGCUCACAGUUUGAUCGAACGGAGGCGGAGGUCUAAAAUGAAUGAAGAAUUUGGAACCCUGAAAGACAUGAUCCCAGCGUGCAAAGGACAGGACAUGCACAAACUCGCCAUUUUACAGGCAAGUAUUGAUUACGUCAAUUACCUGGAACAAUGUAUACUCGAUCUGAAAACUGCCGGUAAUCGACACACAAUUGCCUCGCCGCGAAUGCCUCCUGCCCCUCCUUCACCAACGUCUCCGGAGGCUCUGGCAGAAGAGUCGGGCCUUUCAUCGGCUUCCGUGUCUCCGGAACUACCUCCCACCGAUGCUGCCACGGAUGCAAUCUCCCCGGCGUUUUCUCCCCGAAGUGGUGGUCCUACCGGGAAUGCACCCAAUUUUUCGUCCAUCACACCAAGCCCGGCACUGGGCCCAACCCACCCAUCCGACAAUCCGUCGCGUUCUGAGCGUGGCUCCUGGGCUAUGUCUUCUUCCAGCACCUCCCCAGUGAUCCAGCCUAGGUAUUCCAUAGCGUCUUCUGCCGAUGUGGAUCACGAAGCCUCCGCUGCCCUACUAAUGCUGAACCGGGACUGCCGGGGAUCUGUCGGCUCGGUCCACGAUGUGCCCACCAAUUCCACUACCCGGCAUGAAAAUCCCCACACCCAGGACCCACAAAGGAAGAUCGGGAUGAGCGUUAAAGACUUGCUUAUCUCCUAGGGGUCAUGGUGGCCGGCUCUCUCUUUCCACCUUUUUCACAGUCACUCAUGAUGUCUCCUUUGUAAGGUACGGGGAUCAAUUGGCGUGCGGAAUUUUGAUAUCAUGAACUAGUAAUGAACGGUUUGGCCCGGUGCCGUUGGUUUUUGCUUUUAGUUCUUAUUCUGGGCACUUCAGGUCAUCGUUUCAGGUAGGCGGGCUGGUCCAAUGCGAGUUAACGGUUAUGGUUAUGUUUUGAGCGCGGACUUCGUCUUUAAAAUAAUCCCAUUUAGAUUUGUCUGGCAAUGUAUUAUGGGAGGAUUGUC